AUGUCAUAGCAAAUAUUAAUGGAAAUAAACUUUAAUGCAAUUGGCCUUCCAACAGGAAAAAAUGUAUUUUUGAAAGUUUUCUAUAUUGACAAUUCCAACACCUAUAAACCUUUAGGCGAAACCGAAAUAUUAGAAGGUGAUCCUAAUCCAAAAUGGUAAAAAGCAUUUAGAAUGGAAUAUGUAUUUUAAAGAAGAUAAAAUUUACGUUUAGAAGUAUAUGACAAAGGAUUUUUUUCCACUUCUUAAUUAGGUACAUGUGAAACUACCUUAUCUUAAAUAAUGACUUCUAUCAACAAUAAUUUUAAAAUUCCUUUAGAAGAUAAGAAUAAUAAAUAAAUUGGAGAUAUUUUUGGUAGAGUCUCUACUAUAGCAUCUAAUGUCGUAUAAUGGUAAUGGUCAGGAAAAAAUGUCAAAAACGUUGAGCUUUUUUCCAAAACAGAUUCUGUAUUGUAACUUUAUUACCUAUAUGAGGAAAAUGGUAAAGAAAUUAGAGUCUAAAUUAAAGAAACAGAAAAUUUAUAGAAUAACAUAAAUCCUUAAUGGGCUAGAUUUGAUGUUUCUUUAGCUUUAUUAUGCAGAAACGAUCUUAAUAGAAAAUUCCUUUUAGUAGUGAAAGAUUGGGGUAAAAAAAAUUACACAUAUAUAGGAGAAUAAUUCGCAGACUACUUAAUUGGCGGUUAAUAAAUUAAUGUAGUUGCAGCUAUAGAUUAUACAGCUUCUAAUGGAGAAUAUACAGAUAAUUAUUCUUUACAUUCUUAGGAUUUUUAAAAAAAUUAAUAUCUUAUUACUCUUACUAAUGUUUGUGAUUUAUUACUUGAUUAUGAUAAUGAUAAAAAAAUAUAAAUGUUUGGUUUUGGAGGAGUUCCUAAAUUUCCAAAUUAUACUAGAUAUGAUACUGAAAAUAUAUUCCCUUUAACAGGAAAUCCCUAAAGUGCUGAUGUAGUAGGAUUAGAUGGAGUUAUUUAAACUUAUUAAUAAUCCCUUAAAAAUGUAGUUUUAUGUGGUCCGACUUUAUUUGCUGAUGUACUUAGAAAAGGAUUAGAAAUAUCGAAAUAAAAUUCAAGAUAAAAUCCUAAUUCUUAUACUAUUUUACUUAUUUUAACCGACGGAGUAAUUGAUGAUUUAGAAGAAUGUAAAAAAAUACUCUAAAGUGCAGGAGAAUCUGCUUUUUCGGUUAUUAUAGUAGGAAUUGGAAAUGAGAAAUUCUCAAUGAUGAAAGAUUUAGAUGGACCUGAUACUAAAAGAAAUAACGUUAGAGAUUGUGUUAAUUUUAUUAAAUUUAAUGAUUAUAUAAAUAACACUAAUGGUUUAUUAAAUGAAAUGUUAGCCGAAAUUCCGAAUCAAUUAAAAAGUUUUAAAAAGUAUAAUAAUAAUUAUUAAUUAAUAUAAUAAUGA